AUGAAUAAUAAUGCUCAAAAGAAAUCUUUUCAUAACAAAACUGAUAACUCUAAUAAUUGCAAGACCUUCUAUAAUGUUCCACCUCUCAAUCAGACUUUCAAUCAAUUUCAAUUCAAGUAUCCUAUAAUUAAAGAAAUCAACGAAAAUCUAAUAUUCUCAAAUUCUAACUAGGUGUUCGGAAAUCACACCGAGUAAAUUAUCAGAAAAGGCCUCUUAAAUCUAGAUAACGCAUAAGAACAAAAACAUCAAUAGGCAAAAAAACAGUAUGUAAGAAGAAGAGUUAAUACAUCAUAUAUUGUUUACCCUAUUGAAAAUAAUAGGAAUCUUUCUUACUAAAGAUAAAAAGAAAAUAAGAAUGAACCUAAAUUGCUAUAUCAUGUUUAGAUACCUGAUACGAUGAAAAUUCCACACUUGAACAAAAAAAAUGGGCUAAUCAAAAGCUAAUUAAGAUAAUUAUAGCAUCGUUAACAAGAAUAAUAAGACGAUAUCAGAAUUGCAAGCAGGAUCUCUUUUCAUAUUAAACCAAAAUCUAAUAUAAUAAAAAAACCAAAUCAGAACGUUAAUGAAUAAUUGCAAAUAAUAUUAGAUGAACAUUAAUCAUCUGACUUGUCAUUUAUUAAUGGAUGGGAAUGA